CAUCUUCAUCGCCUGCUGCUAAAGACCUGGAUCUCUCCACCUGAACCCACCCGAACUGCCCUCUCUCCUCCUCUCCAGACACUGUCUGCCUCGCCACUUCUGGACAGAAGUAGCCGUUCGACGCGCGUGUGCACCACUGUGUGGGGGUUUAUGUGUCCAGUCGAGGCGGAGUGAAGCGCUCUACCUGGCCAUCCACAAAAACUCAACUACGGCUAUUCGGAGUCGCUGGGAAAGAAGCGAAAGUGCUCGAAGCGCUAACGUUACUCCCCCCGCUGAGCGCGCAGGCACUGCAUUUCUCUCCGACCGCUCUGAUUCUGAGGGGAUUUUUGGACUUGGGGGGCUGAUCGUGCUGAAGUUUGUAUGCCUCACCGAAUCGGUCUGAAUUGAUUGUCCAGGAGAUUGUCCACGGAUCUCGGAAUCUCGGAUAUUUGGGUGCAAAAAAAGGCAUAAAGUAUGGCGAUGCUGGCGAGUUUUUGGAUACUCCUGCUGCUUAUCAUGAACGCAUCAAUGGGAAAUGGGCAGUCUGUACAGAUGGACCCAGUGAAAUCUGGCUUCGUGGGCUCCACGGUGGAGCUCCGCUGCCUCUUCAUCAACAGCAAGCCUCCGGUGAAGAUCUCACAGGUCACCUGGCAGAAGUUCUUUAACGGCACCAAGCAGAAUGUGGCCAUCGCCAACCCGGCGCUGGGCGUGUCCGUCCUGCCUCCGUUUAAGGACCGCGUGAGCUUCAAGCACCCGGCCGUGCGCCAGAGGACGCCUUCGCUGGAGGACACCACCAUCGUAUUCAACAACCUUCGGCUCUCCGAUGAGGCCGCCUACAUCUGCGAGUACACCACCUUCCCCGCAGGGAACAGGGAGAACACGGUCAACCUCACCGUCUAUGCUCGCCCUGUGACCCAGAUGACCCUUACCACGCCUACCAUCAUCGCCCGCGGCCAGAAGCGCAAGAUGACGGUGGCUACCUGCCAGUCGGCCAACGGCAAGCCUCCCAGUGUCAUCAAGUGGGAGACCAAGCUGAAGGGCGAGGCCACCUUCCAGGAGACCCGCAACCCUAACGGGACGGUCACCAUCCGCAGCAACUACGUGGUAGUCCCCAGCCGCGAGACCCACCGGCAGAAGCUCACCUGUGUCGUCACGUACCGCACUGAGCGCUUCACAGACAGCGUCGUUCUCAACGUCCAGUAUGAGCCGGAGGUGAAGAUUGAAGGUUUUGAUGGAAACUGGUACCUUAACCGGCAGGACGUGCAGCUCACCUGUGUCGCAGACGCAAACCCAGCCGUCACCGUCUACCAGUGGAAACUGCUUAACGGAUCGCUGCCCAAAAAUGUGGAGAUCAAAAACAACACGCUGUUCUUCAAGGGGCCCGUGACGUACGAGCUGGGCGGGACGUACGUGUGCGACGCCACAAACAGCAUCGGCACACGCUCUGGCCUGGUGGAAGUUAAUGUGACGGAAUUCCCUAUCCACCCGUUUCCUGAUGGCCGUGAGAUCCCGCAGGAGCAGAGCAGCUCGGGUGCCGCUAUCGGGGGUGCCGUAGGGGGCGUGGUCCUGCUGGCAGGCGGCGCCGCUCUGCUCUUCUUCUUCCUGCGGCGCCGCCAGCGCACCUUCAAGGGCGACUACAGCACCAAGAAGCAUGUUUUCGGCAACGGCUACAGCAAGGCUGGUGGCCUACCCGCCCACCCGCCCGCGCCCAAGAGCCUGCAGUACCCAGACGACUCGGAUGACGAGAAGAAGCCGGCUCAGAUCGGCGGCGGGCCCGGUGGCUUCGAGGCCGGGGAGCGAGACUUCGACGGCAACUCGGAGGACCUGAAGCGGCCCUACUUCACGGUGGACGAGGGCGAGAGCCGCGACUACAACGAACGGACUCUCUCCUUCCAGUACGAGCCCGAGGCCGAAAUCACCGACGACAUGGUGUCCCAGACCGACGGCUCCGUCAUUUCAAAGAAAGAGUGGUACGUGUAGCGUGGCAUGCACGACGACAGCGACGACGACAAAAAGAAAAAAAAAAACGAGAGAAAAGAAUCAACAGAUCUUACGCUCCUUCCUGCAUCUGACCACACCCCUUCACAACACACCUCCAUCACUAGAAAGCCCCUCCCUCCCUCCAUCCGUUCGUACGUCCACUCCAUCUCCCUCACUCCUUCCACCCGGCAACCCUCCGCCCCCAUCCGAGCCCAUCUGACCGAACAUUAGAGAAAAAUGCUUUGUAAAAACACGUCAACAUCCUGAUAUACACACACGCUACUAGGUUAACCUGCUACGUCAGCGAAAAAGAGGCGUGGUCAUUUGACUGAUGCCAAUCGCCAUUGACUCUUAAAAGCCGUACAGGCUGGUUGCUUGAAAAUUUUAUGGUGUAUUAUUAUUUUUUCCUUCGGUCUUCUUUUGUUUGAAGUUAUUCUAAAUGUAUUAAAUGUAUAAAAAGAGACUUUGUAACUGUUUUAGGAUCGGGUGUUUCUCAUCUUGUGAAAGUCCUACACUGGAUGUAUGAUACUUAAUUUUUUUUUAUUUGUUUUAAUCUCAUUACCGUUGUUUUUACAUUUAUGAUUGCUCUUUUUUCCUUUUUAAUAA